UCUGCACAAUGGCGGAGGUCAGACUGCGGUUCGGCAGAAGAGCUUGUAAGCUUUCAAAUUGCCCACUUUUGGAUAAGAACGGCAAACCAGUGUCAAACGCGCCGUAUAUUGCAGCUUUAAUAAAUUCUCCACAGCUAUUGGAGUUUGACUGGACAGAAGCGGAUAAAAUACUGUGCGAAACGAGACCGGCCGGUGUGGAGACUCCAAGAGGGUGCAAAGAAACAAACAGCGCUAAAGCAUCGCUGGACUAUAACAUUAGCAAUUACACUGAAUUUCGUAAACUGAAGGCAAAGGCCCCACAACUUCACGUGUUUUCCAGAAAGAGCUGGCAUUUAGGAAAACGUGGAAAACUUCUAUCCAGCCAUACUGGCGCUCGCUCCCAUUUAAGGAGAUCCAUUUCUAAAAAGACUCCUUAUGGCCUUCCUAAUGAUUAUUCAUGGCACUUUAUGUCCUCCAGCAGAGCGUACAGCAGCACGCAGUAUAACAGCCGUCCAGAAGAGCCCUUACACAAAUCAAAGUCUGCUUAUUAUGACAUUUUGGAAGUGUCUCCAUCGGCCACGCAUGCGCAGAUCAAGACCGCUUAUUAUAAACAGUCAUUCAUUUAUCACCCUGAUAAAAACGCAGGGAGCGACGACGCCACACAUCGGUUCUCUCAGAUCAGCGAGGCCUACAAUGUUCUGGGCAAUAAAGACCUGCGGAGGAAAUACGACCGCGGCAUCCUGAGCCAAGCGGACCUGCGGGGCUCCAGCAGAGGCGCCGCCGGAAGAGAGAGUUCGGCGUCCGGGCAGCAAAGCCGCGCUCGACACUCGCCGACGGUCGGUUUCUCGCAGCAGAAGAUCUUCGACUUCGACACGUUCAUUAAGGCGCAUUAUGGAGAGCAGCUGCAGAAGGAAAAGCAGAGGAGGCAGCGCACACAGGAGAUGCUGGAGAAGGACACGAGGCGCUCUGAGGACAUGAAGAAGGACGGCAUGGCGGAGGUUAUACUCGGGGUGAUUGUGGUUUUAGGAGUGGUGUUCAUGUUCAGCUCCAAAAAGUGAUGCUUGGAGAAGCAGGCCUCACAUUUUAGCAGUUAAAGCGACAGUUUCACGUAAAAAUCUAAAUUCUGUCAUCAUUUACUCUCCAUCAGGUGGUUUCUAACCUAUUUGAGUUUCCUCUGUUGAACAGAAAGGAAGAUAUUUUGAGGAAAGUUGGAAACCUGUAGAAACUGUUGACUUCUAUACUAGUAGGAAAAACAAAUACCAUGCAAGUCAAUGGUUACAGUUUUUCAUGUUUUUGUCAAAAUAUCAUCUUUUCAAAAGAAGAAACUAAAGGUUUAUAAUUGCUUGAGUAAAUAAGUUUUCAUUUUGGAAAGAAAGAUAUGGUAAUUACGACCAUAUUGACAAUUUUCUAUUCAUACAGUUAAUUAACAAUAAGGUUAAUGCUUUAAGAUACCAAUAAGAAAUAUUUAUUAUUUGAGAUAUAAAUAUCUCAAUAUUUAUAAAACAUUUAUAACCCAUACAUACAUUUAUAUAAAUUGUUUUAUGUAAUAAAUACAUUAAAGUAACGAGACAACAGAAAAGGGUUUGUAAGUUAAAUUAUAGCUAUAUUUUGUGCUCUACCUCAUCUGUUAAACUAUUUAAAGUAAUUAUGUUGAAUUAACAAUGUGUUUAUUUGAAUAAUAAUCACUGUUAGCACUCUUUUACACAGGGAUCCUUGGUUUGUUACUGUUAUUUGUCUGGCUUCACUUCAUCAGAGCCACUUAAGUGUUGUGUACGAAAUCAGUGUCUGUCAUUUGAUUAUAUGCCAGAAUGAGGGAAAUGUUCGAAAAAUAGGGUUAUGGCUGGCUAAUUGUUGCUAACAUGAGCUCGGAGCUUAAACUCAAAUUGUGGAGAUAAACUGAAAUUACAGCAAUGUAAUUUUUAUGUGCCUUUAUAUUUAAAUAGAUGAAACAAUAUGUAUAUUGUGCCAAAAAAGUAAUUAAAUUAUUUAUGUAAUCUAGUAACA